AUGACUAAAUCAAAAAGGAAAGUUGUUGUUAUAGAUGGGGUGGUGCAAAAUGAGGAGGAUAACAUCACCAACUAUAUGUUGAUGGCAUGUUCAGUUGCUGCCAUGGGUGGUCUUAUUUUCGGUUAUGACUCAGGAGGGGUGGCUUCAAGGUCAUUCUACCUGAAGAAGUUUGCCCCAGAGUUAUUUCUGGAUGACACAAACAAACCUCACACCAGCCUAUACUGCAGACCUGGAAACCAGUACUUGAAUUUGUUCACUUCUUCCGUCUACCUGGCGGCAUUUAUAUCUUCCUUGCUUGCUUCAUCAGUAACCAGGUACUGUGGCCGAAACAUCUCCAUGAGCUUGGCUGGAUUGGUCUACUUCAUCGGCGUUUGCAUAAGCACAGCUGCGUUGAACUUCACAAUGCUUGUCAUUGGUCGAAUGUUUAUCGGUGUAGGCAUUGGUUUUGCCAUUCAAUCUGUCCUAAUCUAUCUAUCAGAAAUGGCUCCACCACAUGUCAGAGGAGCUUUAAACCAAUGUUUCCAAAUGAAUGUCACAAUCGGAAUACUACUAGCGAAUUAUGUGAACUAUUGGACUGCUGAUAUAAAGGGGGGUUGGGGAUGGAGAGUGUCAUUUGGCGCCUCAGCUAUUCCAGCUCUAAUUCUUGGUGUUGGAUCAUUCUUCCUACCCAACACUCCUUGUUCUAUGCUUGAAAGAGGUGAAUUUGACAAUGCCAAAGACUUGUUACAAAAACUGCGCGGCGAUAGCAAUAAUGUGUAUCAGGAAUUUCAUGACCUGCUGUAUGCAUCCGAGGUUGCAAAAAAGGUAGAGCAUCCGUGGAAGGACAUAGUGAAGCCAAGAUAUAGGCCUCACCUUGUCAUGUGCAUUGUUAUUCCGUUUUUUCAGCAGUUCUCUGGCAUAAAUGCCAUCAUGUUCUAUGCGCCUCUUCUCUUCAGGUCUCUAGGCUUCGGUGAGAAGGCUAUGGUGGCGUCUUCGGCCAUCACCGGAGUUGUUAAUGUCGUUUCCACUUGUAUUUCUAUUGCCUUGGUUGACACCAGUGGGAGGAGGCCUUUUUUCAUUCAAGGGGGUAUCCAAAUGUCUAUUUGUCAGAUAGCAAUAGGAACCUUUAUCGCCGCCAAGUUUGGAACCUCAGGUCACGGUUCUCUGUCGAAAAGCGAAACCGAUUUGAUGGUAGUGCUGAUUUGCUUCUAUGUAGCAGCAUUUGCAUGGUCUUGGGGUCCUUUGGGUUGGUUAGUACCAAGCGAGAUCUGCCCCUUAGAGAUCAGAUCAGCAGCUAAUGGUCUCAAUGUCUGUGUGAACAUGUUUUUCACACACGUAAUUGCUCAAACAACUCUUGUUAUGUUUUGCACAAUGAGGUUCGGGCUCUACUAUUUCUUUGCCGUCUUCUGUGUGAUCAUGACCGUCUUUGUCUACUUCUUCCUGCCGGAGACCAAGCGCGUAUCGAUUGAAGAUAUGAACUCAGUGUGGAAGGAGCAUUGGUUCUGGGGGAAGUACAUCCCCGACGAUGCCAUUCCUGAACGUGACGCAUUCCGGGAUCUCCACAUGUAG